UGGCUGCGCCCAUGGAAAACGAAUUGGCGAAUAGUUCUCUCAAAAAUGAGCUCAGAAGACUACGAAAGAAGCUCCGACAGAUCGAAAAACUUGAAAGAUUAGACAGACAACUGUCUGAGGAUGAGGAGGACAAAGUAUUCAAAAAAUUUGAAAUCCGAAGCCAUAUCCAGGAGCUUCUGACGCAAUGUUCGGAAGUAAGCAGUGUGGGUUCAUCCAUGGAUCCCUGUCUGACGCCAAAAGACACGCCAAGUAAGACAGUGACACGAAUGCAGGAGAUACAGGAACAAGUUGAACAUCAGCCUGAAGCUUAUGAUUAUGAAGAGGAGAGGGAUCGAGGCUAUGGUGGUGGUGAUGCUGGUGGCGAUCAGAACCAGGCUAAUGAUGAUGAUGAUGAUGUCACAAAUGAACCACCAUCGAAGGAGACACUUGAGGAGAACACCAACCUACGGAAAAGACGGAUACAGGAGUCAGAAAAACAAGCCACAGGGGAGUCUGCACCAAAAUCCAGUGACCCCAGACCAUCAUCCAGUUCACCAGCUCAUGUUGAGCUACCAAAGAAACCCAAGGCUACAGUCACAACACAAAAAGCUAAAGGAAAAGAAAAGAAACAGGAGAAGAAAGUUGUGCCACAGUUAACGAAAGAAGAACAGGAUGCAUUACGAUUUCGUGAAUCUUGGAAACAUUGUCCAUUCAGAGUGCGUUACCUGGAAGGUCAUAACGAUACAGUCCUCUCUGUUGCUGCCGACAGCCAUCUCUUGGUCUCAGGAGGGCGUGAUACGAUGGUCAAAGUGUGGGACAUGGAUAUCUGUGCCGAGUUGAAAAGUUUUGGCGGACACACUGGAACAGUCACUGCUGUCUUGCUGCUGUCAGAGGAAGAGACGAAGACAUUUGCCGACACAUAUGAGCUCGUCGAUAAGGACAGAAUCAUCAUCAGUGGCUCCCUUGACUGUAGCAUCAAACUAUGGUCAUUGAAGACAGGGUUUCUACUUCACUCUAUCUACACAUACAACAGUAUGACUGCCCUUGGUUAUCUUGCUGCCUCCAAUCUCAUAGUCUCUGGAUCAGAUGGAGGCAAACUGGAAUUAUGGGAUGGACUAACGGGGAAUAACGUCCUUUCUAAGACAAGUCAUGAAGAUUGCAUCAACUGUAUUCAGGUCACUGCAGAGAAUCUCAUUUUCACUGCAAGUAAAGACUCUCUGAUAAAGAUACAUGAAUACGCUGAUGGAACGUUCCAUAAACGGUACGAAUCAGAGGUGUUGAGGACUCGACCCGGAGUCAAUCUGACGCCAACGCCCAUUCGCUGCAUAACCACUGCUGAUGAUCACAUUUACUAUGGAGAUGAAGGUUUCAAUAUAAAGGUCCUGGAAUGGAAAAAAGGUUUUGUGACUAAGAUCAGGAACCACGUGUGUGAGUUUGGAAUAACCGACUGCCUCCAGCUGAUCAACCCUUUACUCGUCGCUUCUGGCUUCGAUUUAGACAACGCGUAUGGCUUCCUAAGUGUUUAUACCUCUACGACUCAUGAAUAUCUGGGAACGUUAAAUGAUGAAGACACUUCACGCAUCCUCUGUAUGUCUUGCACCAAGAUGCGACAUGGGAAUCGAUUGCGUUGGGUUACCGGAGGUGAUGAGCUGAAGGUCUGGGACCAGUUGUCACUGUCAGUUGCCACCAGCUCUCAAGAAGAUGUCGUUGACACUAUCUAUGACCCACGGUUCCUCCACACGCCUGAUAACUCGGACCUAGACUCGGAAACCGAUUCUGGGGAAAGUGAUGGAGAGAUCGCAAAGCAUGGGCAUCGAUUAUGGCGUCAGAGAUCGCGGGAGUCAUCAGAGCCUCCUGGUGGCUGGUUCUCAUGGUGCAACAUCUUGUAGUGUAACAUUUGGUGCUGAGAGGUUUUUAAACGUCCUCUUGAUACCUCCUACUGUAAGGUUGAAGGAGAAGUUGUGCUGACCUCUGUUCCAUGUAACAUCCUCAAGACUGGAUAAGCCCUAGUCUAAAGCGCAAGUCCUGUUGAGAUUUUGUACAUGAGUGGAGAGAAAUAAGACACCCUAGGCGUCUCUGUUGCUGGGACACAAGGCCUUCACCAUCUCUCCCCAUCUUGUCCCUGACCGCUCUUAUCACUGUAGUGACAACGAUAGAGUGGUGUUAAUCUUUUGCCUUAAGGGCAGAAACCCUGGGCUUUAUUCCUUUUUGAAUGGUCUUGUCCCAAACUCUGUGAAGUAUCCUUGUCAUUAAAUGAACAAUAAGGGAGAUUUGGUGAUUGUAUAAGUUACAGUAUGUAUUCUUUGGAAAGCCUAUUAUCAGUUUCAUAACUAUGCAAUUGCUGUAUUCAAAUAAGGUGUAUUCUACAUGUAUUAACACCCUGUUGUGACAGGUGUCACUGCCAUUCUCUCUUGAUUCAACGAGUAAGCACGCCUUGACAUCGUCAAACCAGACUCAAGCUAAAACUAUGGUAUAUUUCUAUUCCUCAGCAAUACAUAAGCAUGUAAAUGAAUCAUUUUGAUUUUAUUGUUGUUGUUAUUCAUGAAUAUUAUGAAUUAAAGUCUAUUGGAUUA